AAAGACAUGUCUUCAAUAUAAUGGACUUUUCCUCUCUGGUCAAAAAAAAUCCCCAAAACGCUUGUCCAAUUUCAUUUCCCUACCUCCAAAGAGAUUAUAUCUUCCUCAGAAAGAUUAGCAAAUCUCUUCUUGUUUUCCGUUUUAAAUGGCGCCGGUGACGGAGCAUCAAGGUUCUUUCCUAAGUCGAAUCAGCCGCCGCAAUCAAAUCGUUUCCAUGGACGUCAACCACGACCAAGAACUCAGAGAGCUGGAAGAUUUCCAGAAACACGUUGCUCAACGCUUCACGGAGUUACUUUCUCCGUCAGACCCGAUUCUAUCGAUCCAGUGGCUUCGGAAACUUCUCGAUGCCUUCAUGUCUUGCGAAUCGGAGUUUCAAUCGGUGCUAGCCACGAACCCGGCUCAGAUCUCUAAACCGCUCGUACCGGAGAUGCUUGACCGGAUCGUUAAGGCCCUUGAUAUCUGUACAGCUGUAGUCAACGGCGUUGACUCAGUCAGACAAAGCCAGCGUCUCGCUGAGAUUGCCGUUACGGCGUUGAAACAGCAGCCGUUAAGUGACGGAAGCGUUAGGAGAGCUAAACGGGCCCUCACAAGCCUCCUCGACGCCUUAAACGCCGAUAAAAACAGCGGCGGAAGCGGUAGGAGGGCGACGACGACGGAGCAGUCCUCGUCGUUUGGCCAUGGCAGCGGCGGCGGGGGAGGAGGAUGUGUGAGCAAGAACUGGUCAGCGGCGAAGCAGAUUCAAGCAAUGACGACGAAUCUUGCACUUCCACGUGGCGGAGAAGCGUCUCCGAUGUUUAUAAUGAGUAGUGUGAUGGUAAUGGUGAUGUGGACGUUGGUUGCGGCGGUUCCUUGUCAGGCAAGUAACGGUUUGACGGUUCAUUUGCCGUUGCCGAGGCAUCAGGUUUGGGCUAGUGCGGCCGCGAGUAUCCAGGAGAGGAUCGGGGAAGAGCUGAAACGGAAGGAGAAGCGUUGUGGUGGAGGAGGAUUGAUGGAGGAGAUGCAUAGGAUGGAGAAGGUUGGGUUAAAGCUGAUGGAAUUCGCUGAUGGGUUUAGGUUUGAUGGAGAGGAGGAAGUGAAGGCGGAAGUGGAGGAGAUGGAGGAGAUUUGUCGGAUAAUGGAAGAUGGGCUUGAUGGUUUACAGAGACAAGUUAGAGAAGUGUUUCAUAGGUUGGUGAAAAGCAGAAGUGAGAUUCUUGAAGCUAUUGAUCAUUGUAAUAUCUAGAUCCCUAGAGUAAAGAAGAUAGGGUGGUGCGAUUGUGUUUUUAUUAAAUGAUAAUCUUUUUAUGUAUAGAUAUGGCCAUGUUGAUUGAUGUUCAUUCGUUUGUUGUAAAACUCUGCGACAGGUCACAGCGACCAAUUGUAUACACCAUGUUCUUUUGUUGUUUGUACUGACACUGAAAAACUCUGUUUUGAC